CCAGCGUUAGCAGUGUGCCACCCCUAACUGACAAGAAGUUGAACAGAUUCAGCACCCUUGUUGGCCUUGCUCCCCCCCCUCCAGUAACAGGAUUCCGCUGUUUCUCACAGAAGAACUCCUCGUUGUCCCAGCAGUGAUGACUGACACCAUGUUUGGGAGUGGCAAUGAUCAGUGGAUCUGUCCCAAUGACAGACAGCUAGCACUGAGGGCCAAGCUUCAGACUGGCUGGUCUGUGCACUCGUACCAAACCGAGAGACAAAGAAAGAGUCAGGUGCUUGAGAAGCAAGAGCUGGACAUCAUUCUGAGUGUCAUCCACAGAGCGGAGCAACUGGACCAGCUAGAGCAGCACAGGAUUGGGCGUCUGGUGGAACGUCUGGAGAACAUGCGGCGGAGCGCGGUGGGGAACGGCCUGUCCCAGUGCCUGCUGUGCGGGGAGCUGCUGGGGCUGCUGGGGGCGCCGUCAGUGCUGUGCCAGGACUGCUGCAAGAAAGUGUGCACAAAGUGUGGCAUUGAGACUGCGUCCAGUCAGAAGAGACUCCAUUGGCUGUGCAAAAUCUGCAGUGAGCAGCGAGAGGUACCUUCCUACAGUGCCUUAUUAUUGACUCUUACACUAGAUUAAUCAAGUCUGCGGACUGAGUCUUGCCGUUCUUAUCUAAGCAAAGCAACAAUACGAACCACACAGCAAGACAACUUUCAAAUGAUGAACGCACCUUGUGCAAUUAGACAAACAAGGUUCAGAGCUUUUGCACGAAAUGGCCAGUAAUCAGUUUGGUUAAGUUUGGUUGGUAUGAUAAGAACACACGGAAGAUUUUGUGGCUGAGGUACAAGAUUUGCUCGUAGUGAUGAAGUACCUUAGUGAGGUCACUCCCUUAUUACAUUAUGGACAAUCCUCACCCAAUCCCUGUGGUCACAGUCCCAUGUCCUUCCAAUAUGAAUCAGCUUAGUAAUAUUACCCAUGUAGCCGUGUGUUGACACUAGGGAGAGGGAUUCUGAGUUCUCAUGAUGCAGAGGACGGAUACAGUGUAUAGUUCUGGCAGGCAAAAUUGCAAU